AUGAGCAAAAUCGCUGAAUUGGUCAGCGCUGGUGAUGUGGAUCCGUCAAAGCCGGUACUCGAGCAGCCAGGCGGACCACCACAGAAGAUCAUUCGUGAGCUGCUGAGCCGAGAUGAUGAGCCAUCAAACGCCCACCAACAACAGAACGUGAUGACCAUGUUUAACAUAAUGAACAUGCUGAUGGGACAGAAUGCUGGUCUUCAAUUGCCAUUUGCCUCACAACAACAGACGACGUCAAGUGGAGGAAACACCCCUGAGGUUGACGAAGAAUUUACCGCACCGAAGAGUGCCGCUGCUUUGGUGACAAUGGUGAAGAGCUUUGGGGAAGAGAAGCUGACUGCGGUGUUGCCAUCGGUGGUCUCGAAGCUGUCGCGACUGGGCGAGCUCACUGACGCUCAGGCAGAAACCCUGGCCACCGUGGAAUGCACGCAGUGCUCCGAGCGGCUACCGUCGAUAUUUGGCACUGUCGUCGCACUACGACGUCGUCCAUUCGAGCACUCUGCCGGAUUCGGUCGUUCAGUCGUUUGCCGAGCGAAUUUGUGA